GGUUCGAAGGACAUGUAUGUCAUUUUAGCAUCACCCCUUCCUUCUGUAUUUUUAUUCAUUUUUCCACUGCUCGCGGAACAGUCUCUCUCCCUCUCUCAAACCAACGCACGCAAUCGAUCUAACAUAGAAACAUACUUGGAUUGUUUCUCCCAGUUAUUGUGGCAAGAAUAUGUCAGGCACUGAGGAAGUUAAAGAACAAACAGAAGUUGUUAUGGAGGACACUGAGAAGUCCUUGCCAUCGACAGAGCAAGAAGAGGAAGUUAUUAAGAAGAAAUAUGGAGGAAUAGUGCCCAAGAAACCACCUCUGAUUUCUAAGGAUCAUGAACGUGCCUAUUUUGACUCUGCUGAUUGGGCUUUGGGCAAGCAAGGUGGACAGAAGCCCAAAGGACCUCUUGAGGCUCUUCGGCCCAAGUUACAGCCAACACAACAACAAACACGGUACCGCAAAUCGCCUUAUGCACCAUCAGAAGGUGAAGAUGGAACUGCUGCACCAUCAGAAGACACAACUACAAAUGAAUGAGAAGCAGCCGUUGAUCCUUUGAUGAUGGGGAGUUUCUCCAACAUCACCUGCAAUCUAGUGAAAGUAAAUUACGGCUAUAAUAAAAUUUUAAAAGAUAUUGUAAUGCCUGUUUAGUGUUUAGAGAAAGAAUGCAACUACAUGUUGUACUUGCUGCUGUAAUCCCCUAGAUCAAGAUGUCUUUCCUGAUCUUUCCCUGUUGUAGACUAUUUUCCAGUCACCUAUGACUUUACUUAUAUUUAGGACACAAAACUCAUCAAUAUCAUCGACUUUUAUUGCUCUUA